GCCAUGGCCGAUAGCCAAUCCGAGCAUUUUGGCGCAUGUUUCGGAGCGUAGCGCGUGAUUUACCGUUUGCUGUCAACGUGAUUGUUCGAAGCACGCUUUUCACCCGCAGUCCGCUAUGACUGUUUACGGAGACCUGCACCGUACUUUCCUCCAGGUUAUGAUGUCACGGAAGCUAUUGCCUCUGCCUGAAUUUGAGGAGUUAGUCCGGCACUGCCACAGUAAAUGCGACGUUCCAUGCAUUGAAGUGAGCAACCCGCAAGCACUCGCCAAGUUUGUGUCUGUUCUCAACAACAAAUUAUCUCCAUUUCACAUGCGCAUCAAAGGUGGUGUGAGUGAAGAAGAUGGCUCGCAUUUCUACGCUCUUGUAAACAUGAGGGAUGAUGCGCUGUCAAAGUGUGCCACAAAGUUCCCUGGCAACGAGUUGAAGUUCUUCAAGAAACUGGUGUUGAAGAUUGCAGCGUCCAAUUGCGGGCGCAUAACCUCAACAGCAGCACUGAACAUGGUCUACGAUGAUAAUGAUAUGGGCCUUCAGAUAAGGACAGCGCAAAGUCUUGUUGAUCAGAUGGUCGAACUUGGCUGUCUGAUUGUGGAGGAAGGCAACAUAUCCUUGGCCCCAUUGACACUCCUUGAAAUGGAGCCUUACCUUCGAGAGCAGCUUGGUGAAGAGCUUCCUAACUGCCACGUGUGCAAGCAGAUGUGCAUUAAGGGCGAGCUGUGUCCCAACCCCAACUGCCCCGUCAAGCUCCACAGUCACUGUGCAACGCAGAUCUUUCGUAAAAGAUCACACACAUCCGGAAGCUGUCCAAGCUGCGACGAGCCGUGGGAGUUGUAGUCUGAAGACUGUCGGGACACAGAAGUUGCAAGAAGACACUGCUUGAAAUUGAUGUACAUAUUAUUUAAUAAAACUUGACAGGAUCAGUAAGCUGUA